GGUAUUUCUGUGAGGAGUGCAGGGAAGGCGCCAAGUACUCCGAUGCAAUCAUAUCUCCCAAUUUAGAAACAGCGAAAAUUAUGCGGGUCCCCCAUGCUGUGUCAAUGUCAGACUGCUCCGCAGCCUGUUGUGACCUUUCUGACUGCGACUUGUCCUGGAUGUUUGAGGGGCAUUGCUACAUUGUCAGCUGCCAACACAAGGGGAACUGUGAGCCCAAGAAAAUGGGCAAGGUGAAGUCCUAUUUGACCUUUGUGCUGCGGCUUCCCCAGAGGUCCCCUUCAUUGCUGGAGUACGAGCAGAUGCCAUCAAAUCUGAUCCACUCUAUGGUAUUGCAAGGUGAGACCUCAGAGGAUAUUAGUAAUUUGAAAGAACUGUCUUUUCUCAGCAAAGAGCACAGUCUUGAAGACUACUCAGAGGAAUAUGGCGAGGUGGAGCAGCUCCCCUUUCAGUUGAGUUUCAAGCAUGAAGCGAAGGAGGGCCUGAACUAUGCAGACUGGGGCUUAAGGGGGAACACCGAAAAUGGCAUCAAUGCUUCAGGGCUCAGUCAUGGAGACAAGCAUGAAGAGUUGGCAGAAAAUGAGGAAGAGAAGACACCUUUGGAAAAGCCAGCUAACAUAGAUGAAUCUGAAAGAAAUCCUGCCACUGAACAUCCCGGACAAUUGCCAGAGGUUACUUUAGACCUUAUGGAGGAAUCUGUCAAUGAAUUGGGUAUCCAACACUCCAAUGAAGCCAACAACACCUGGCAGGAAGAGGUUCUAACACCUUCCCAUAAUCCUCCUCCUUCAGACAUCCUAGGAUCUCUCUCCAUCACAACAGCACAAACUCAAACAUCAGAUGUAGGUAAUCAUGUACAAGAUGAAACCACAUCAUUUCCCACCAGUGCCCCUGCAACUCAGCCUUUUUCUACAGAUGCAUUAUCAUAUGCCACGACUACCACCAAAGCAGUAACUAAACUCCUGGUAUCAGCUGGAGAUAAUCUGCAAAUCACCUUGCCAAAAAAUCAAGUUGAAUUACAUGCAUCUGUAGUUAUGCCAUCACUUUCAGAAACAGCUUAUAAUUAUGAGUGGAGUUUGAUCAGUCAUCCUGAGGACUAUGGUGGUGAAAUGAAGGGCAGGCACACGUCAACACUGAUACUUUCUCAACUGUCAGUAGGUUGCUAUCUCUUCAAAGUGACUGUUACUGCUGAAAAUGCAAUUGGAGAAGGAUAUGUAAAUGUCACUGUCCAACCAGCAGCCAGAAUAAAUCAGCCACCUGUUGCUGUUGUGUCUCCUAAAGCACAAGAGAUUUCUUUCCCAACCACAUCUACUUUUAUCGAUGGGACUCAAAGUACAGAUGAUACCAAAAUAGUGACUUACCACUGGCAGGAAAUUGAAGGUCCCCAAAGAGAAAAGAAGGCAUCAGCUGAUACACCUGUUUUACACUUGUUUAACCUCGUUCCUGGCAAUUACACAUUCAGGCUAAUGGUGGUUGACUCUGAUGGAGCAGCUAACUCUACUUUAGCCUUUUUGAGAGUCAACAAACCGGUGGAUUUCCCUCCUGUUGCCAAUGCAGGACCAAAUCAGGAAAUCAGCUUGCCUCAAAACACCAUUACACUGAAUGGAAACCAGAGCAAAGAUGAUCGUGAAAUCGUUGGCUAUGAGUGGUCUCUCAGUCCCAAAAGUAAAGAUAAAUUGGUCACAAUGGAGGGAGUGAGGAGCCCAUAUCUCAAGGUAUCUUCAUUGAAAGAAGGAGAUUAUACAUUACAGUUGACGGUCACUGAUUCUACUGAGCAGCAGUCCACAGCUGAAGUCACAGUAGUUGUCCAGCCUGAAAAGAAUGACCCACCAAGAGCAGUGACUGGUCCUAAUAAGGAGUUGACUUUUCCUGAUCAAAGUGCUAUUCUGGAUGGAAGCAAGAGCACAGAUGACUUUGGCAUUGUUUACUAUCAUUGGGAGAAUAUCAGUGGGCCAGGCUCUUUGCAAAUGGAAAAUGUUGACAGUGCCAUAGCAACCGUCACAGGUCUGCAGAUUGGAACAUAUUAUUUCAGGCUAACCGUAAAAGAUGGCCAAGGAUUAAGCAGCAGUGCCACACUUUCUGUGACUGUUAAGGAGGAAAAGAACCACCCACCGCAGGCUCGUGCUGGGGGCACACAUGUCCUUGUUCUCCCCAAUAACUCCAUAGCUUUGGAUGGUUCACAAUCUGUAGAUGAUCAGGGAAUUGUAUCCUAUCUCUGGAUUCGGGAUGGCCAGAGCCCAGCAGCUGGAGAUGUGAUUCAUGGUUCAGACCACGAGGCUAUAUUGCAGCUAACUAAUCUUGUAGAAGGAAGCUAUACUUUUCACUUGAAAGUGGUAGACGAGAAAGGCGAUUCAGACAUCGACACGGCUGUGGUGGAAGUACAACCUGAUCCAAAGAAAAGUGGCCUUGUGGAACUGAUUUUGGAUGUUGGAGUGGGUCAGCUAACAGAGCAACAGAAAGACACUCUUGUACGACAGAUAGCAGUGCUGCUGAAUGUUCUUGAUUCAGAUAUUAAAGUUCAGAAGAUACAGGCUUACUCUGAUAUCAGCACAGCUGUUGUGUUCUAUGUUCAGAAUGGGCAUCCUUUCAGAGUCAUAAAGGCUUCAGAUGUUGCCCAGAUGCUACGCUUGCAACUCCUGAAGGAAAAGCCCGAGUUCCUACUUUUCAGAGUUCUUCGCAUUGACACAGCUGGUUGCCUGCUAAAAUGCUCUGGACAUGGGCAUUGUGACCCCAUCACCAAGCAAUGUAUUUGCUAUCAACUGUGGAUGGAAAAUUUGAUACAGCGGUACUUAGAUAAUGGAGAGAGUAACUGUGAAUGGAGUGUACUUUAUGUAACAGUAUCUGCUUUUGUUUUGAUGGUACUAAUUGUGGGGUUAGCCUGGCUGUGCAUCUGCUGCUGCAAAAGGAGAAAACGAACCAAAAUAAGAAAGAAAACAAAAUAUACUAUCUUAGAUAACAUAGAUGAUCAAGAGAGAAUGGAACUCAGGCCCAAAUAUGGUAUAAAACACAGAAGUACAGAACACAAUUCCAGCCUGAUGGUCUCAGAGUCUGAGUUUGACAGCGAUCAGGACACCAUCUUCAGCAGAGAAAAGAUGGAAAGAGAGAACUCGCGGAACAGCAUGAAUGGCUCCAUUAAAAAUGGUGUCUCAUUCAGCUAUACUUCAAAGGACAGAUAAAUAGACAGAUCUGAAAGGACAGCCGGGUCCUCGCUCUGAUCUUUUCCUGAUGCUAUAGAAGUGGCAGAUGGACCAAUAGGCUCCCAGCAUAGCAGGAGGGAGACACACUGGAUUUUUUUCAGCAAAUGGAAAAGGUGGAGUACCUAAAGUGCUAGAAGUAGAGUUCCUAUAAUAUCUCAUGGACAUUUAAAAGUUGCUACUCUAGGUCAAGCUAAGACUGUUACACUUUGACUGCAUAUAUUGUUGUCUUCAAUAGAAAACAGUGGCUGUGCAUCAAUCGAACUUCAUUAAUGUCAGUAUGCAAAUUUACAUUAUUAAAACCAGUUUGUGUCUA